AUGGCACGGGGUUUGCAAUACAUCCACGAACAGAAAUACCAGCACGGGGAUGUGAAAUCACCGAAUAUGGUCAUUACAUUAGACGACUCGCUGAAGAUCUGUGACUUCGGCACCGCCAGGCACUGGGAGGUCACAGUCAGUACAAAUAGUCACAGGGGAUCAUGGGCUUGGAUGGCACCAGAGGCCAUUGGCAAUCCUGAAACAAAUGCAAAACCUAAAGUGACACCCAAGUCCGAUGUUUUCUCUUUCGCUGUUGUUGUUUGGGAGCUUCUCACUGGCAAGGAACCAUUUCCUGGGAAAUAUCCACUGGAUAUGCUCAAAGCCGUCGUAAUCGAACGAAGACGCCCGGAAAUCCCCACAGAAUGCUCCGAGCCCCUGCGUGACCUGCUUACGGAAUGCUGGGAUCAUGACCACACAAAGCGGCCCAGUAUGGAUGAGAUUUUGAGCCGCCCUGAACCAGUACCGGUACUGAAACACAUUGCACUUUACGAUUAUGCGGCACAAGCAAAAGAUGAGUUGAGCUUUCAGGAAGGAGAAACGCUAGAUGUUAUUAGAAAUAACACGGGUACUGGCUGGUGGUUUGCAAGGUCAACUAAGACUGGUCAAGAAGGCUAUGUCCCUUCCAGCUACAUCAGACGUGCAAGAGAUAUUGAUACAGAAAAGUAA